GGGAAAAAGCCAUUUGUCUUGUAACUUUCAAAAUUUUGUUUUUAUGAAGCAACUUAAUAUACAUUUUUGGCUUUUUUUGGUUACAGGCAUCAACCAUGUAAUGGCUCAAAAUUCUUCCGGUGAUGCCAGGUUUGGUGCAUCAUGUGGCUAUUUGGCUAAAAAAAUAUUUUGUUUUGGAGGUUCUGAUAGUAUUUCGACAAGUGUUCCUUCAGACGCAAUGCACAUGCUUGAUCUCUCAAAUUUUAGUGCAGACAAGCCAGAAGAAUUCGAAAGUAUAUGGGUUAAAGUCGACACAGAUACAAAAACACAAAAUAUAUUACCAAGACGAUAUCCGCAGUCUACGCAAUUACCUGAUGGAAAAACAUUGCUAGUUGUCGGUGGGGAAAUUUAUGGAAACUCAUCAGGCGUUCCUCAGACUUUAUCUUUCAACGCCGAAACUUUAUCUUGGACCACAUAUCAAAAUUUUGAAGAUCCUCCUGCAAAAAGUAGGCAGAUUUUUGAUGCAGCCUCAGUGUAUAUUCCUAAAUACGGUUUUGUGCUUUAUGGAGGUCUUGGAAUUGACAACCUUACACCUUAUAACGAGACUGCAGAGAAUUAUAUAAACGGUUAUACUGAAAUAGAGGUGCUAGAUAUAGGGAAUACGGAAAACCCUUGGAGACCUAACAUAUCAGCAAGUGAAGAUGUAGAUAGAGUUGAUUAUCGUCAAGCGGCAAUUUUUGAUGAUAAAAUGAACAUUAUUUUUUUUUUUGGCGGUAGAAGACCCGGUUUUACAGAUCCUUACGAUGAUUUGCCUGGCUUUAAGACCAUCGACUUAUAUAACUUCACAAGCCAAAGCUGGGGAAGAAAAACAAUGUGGGGGCAGGGACCUGCUCCUCGAUACGGACAUUCCGCUACCUUGGUGGGCCCCAAUCAGAGGCAUGUUCUCAUAUACGGUGGACAGAACGACGACUCAGAUAGACCUCUAGCAGAUUAUUGCUACAUUUUGGAUCUUGACUCUUACCAAUGGACUCCACAAGUUAUUCCAGUAGAUGCAGGUGUUAAUUUAGCCAGAAGCCGACAUUCAGCUAUUGCAAUAACCAACAGCACGUUAUUUAUUGUAUAUGGAACCGAGACUGAGACUAAACUGGCUGAAAAUAUACUCAUACUAGACGUUACAGAGCCUUUAAUGAUCACUUUAUUAAAUAAAUUGAACAGUUCAGCCGCUUCACCAACAGACACAGUUCCCGGAUCUUCAGAUACUGAUGCUGACAACCCAAGAAAAGGUCUGACUUCUGCUGCUACUAUUGGUAUUGGUGUCGGUGUCUCAGUUGCAGUAAAUACGACACUACAUCGUUGUUAGUUGGCUGUAUAAAAUUAACUUCUUAUUUCCAUUUUAUUUUAGGGACUAAUGAUAUUGGCCGUCAUAAUAUUCUGCAUAAUUAAAAAGAGAAGAAACAAGAAAAAAGAAAAGACAGGGGUGGAUUGGGAUAAAAUCCAAGAUAAUUACGCAGAAGAAGCCGAUAUGUACCUUCCUAAAGAUCAUUUUACUCAUGCACCUCAUAUCCCAAAUAAUACUUCUGCUCCCGGAGCCACAAGCGUACUAGAUUCUUCGGCUCAGAUGUCGUCAAAAGGGAAGUUGGAACGUCCUGAUACAGUUGAUCCCCGUUCCGCAGACUCUGUUCACGGGGAUGAAGCACAAAAACCUAACACCAAGACCGCAAGAAGAGACCAAGUACAGAAACCUGACAUUCACUAGAUAAGACGUAUAUAUUUAUACUUUUAUAAAAAUUAAUAUCGUAAUAAAAUGUUUCUUACUCCAAUAAAAGUCAUUAAUAAAAGACCACA